GUGGUCUGCACUUGCCGGUACAGCCAUUCCAGUCAUGGGUCCGGUGACUAGCUGCUGAUGCGGAUUCAUCCUGUGGUCAAUAUCCUGCGAAAGGGGAGCAGAAUAAAAAGAAUCAGAUGAAGAAAUGUCUGCUUUCAUGUUAUCCUGCCAGCAGAGAAUAACAUGGGUGUAUCUGAUGAAGGGGAAGCAGGAAGGGUGACAGUCCCCCUCAUUUCCCCCUCCAACUGUUGGUGACUAAGCAAGCAGAAGACUUUUGGAGACUUGCAGCAGCAUCAACAAGUGUGCAAAAAAUGAAAUCGUAUCAGAAGCUGAGAGUGGAUGUCCCCCAGGCCUCGGAGGCUGGGGAUGAGACUGCCGACGGGAAGCCGUUGUGUCACCAGAAGCUGUCCGCCUGGUGGCUCGGCGGGGGUCUCCUGACAGUGGCAGCCCUGCUGAGUGGCGUGACUGUUUGGGUCCUUGGGCAGAUUUGGUGGGUCCAGCACGAAGCACCACCCCUGGAGAAGUGUGUCUCCAUUCCCGAAAACCUUCGCUUUGACUGCUACCCGGAGAGAAGCACAGUGGUGACCCGAGAACUGUGUGAGGGCCGUGGGUGUUGCUUCAUCAGCACAGACCAGCCCGCGGGCAGCGCAGACGGGGUGCCUUGGUGCUUCUACCCCCCAGACUUCCCCAGCUACUCCUUGGGAAGCAUGAACGACACUGAGAAGGGGAUGGAGGGCUUUUUAACGAGGAAGACACCGACCUAUUACCCAAGAGACAUUGAGAAACUGCAGCUCAGCGUGGAGCUGGAAACAGAUACUCGACUGCAUGUCAAGAUCACUGAUGCUGUGAAUCCUCGGUAUGAAGUGCCUCUUGACGUUCCUCAGGUGAAAAAGAAAGCAGAAAAUCCGGCAUAUACUGUUGAAUUCUCCAAGGAGCCCUUUGGCUUGAUCGUAAAGCGGAGAGCUUCCAGAACUGUGCUGCUGAACACAACAGUGGCUCCCGUGUUCUUCGCGGAUCAGUUUCUCCAGAUUUCCACCGCCCUUCCGUCCACGUACCUCUAUGGACUGGGGGAGCAUCGGAGCGACUUCUUGCACAGUCUGCAGUGGGACACCCUGACCUUCUGGGCCCGCGAUGUUCCUCCUACGGAAUCCUCCAAUCUGUAUGGCGUUCACCCGUUUUAUCUGAUCAUGGAGGACGGUGGAGCUGCCCAUGGGGUGUUCCUCUUGAAUAGUAAUGCCAUGGAGGUGGUGCUGCAGCCCGCACCUGCCCUCACCUGGAGGACCAUCGGAGGCGUUCUGGACUUUUACAUCUUUUUGGGACCAGACCCCAACCUGGUGGUUCAGCAGUACCAACAGGUGAUCGGCUUUCCUGCCAUGCCCCCUUUCUGGGGCUUGGGCUUCCACCUCUGCCGCUGGGGCUACGGAACGAGCAACGAGACCUGGCAGACUGUGAAAGCCAUGAGGAAUUUUCAGAUACCCCAGGAUGCCCAGUGGAAUGACAUCGACUACAUGGAUGGCUACCGGGACUUCACUGUGGACUCGCAGAAGUUCAGCACUCUCCCCCAGAUGGUGGAAGACCUCCACAGACAUGGGCAAUACUAUGUGAUGAUUCUGGACCCUGGGAUCAGCAGCACGUGCCCGCCUGGCUCUUACUGGCCGUACGAUGAAGGCGUGAAGCGUGGCAUCUUCAUCGAGAGCACCCGGGGGACACCCCUGAUCGGGGAGGUCUGGCCUGGCCUCACCGCCUACCCUGACUUCUCUAACCCAGACACCCACCAGUGGUGGCUGGAGAACUUGAGGAGCCUCCACUCGGUCGUCCCCUUUGACGGGCUCUGGAUCGACAUGAACGAACCCUCCAACUUCAGGGACGGCUCGUCCGAAGGCUGUUCCCAGGGAGAACUUGAUAACCCGCCGUACGUCCCUGCCGUACUGGGAGGCUCCCUGUACUCCAAGACCAUCUGUCCCUCGGCCAGGCAAAGCGCCUCCACGCACUACAACCUCCACAACCUCUACGGGCUGAUGGAAGCCAAGGCCACAGCAAGUGCCCUGACCAGCAUCCGGGGGAAGCGGCCCUUGGUGAUCUCGCGUUCCACCUUUCCCAGCCAGGGCAGGUAUUCCGGACACUGGCUCGGUGACAACAAGAGUGACUGGAAGGACAUGGCCUGGUCCAUCCCAGGGCUGCUGAGCUUCAGCCUCUUCGGCAUCCCCUUGGUCGGGGCCGACAUCUGCGGCUUCUCUGGCGCCACCUCGGAGGAGCUGUGCACCCGCUGGAUGCAGCUGGGGGCCUUCUACCCCUUCUCACGGAACCACAACACCCAGAAUGAGAAGGCGCAGGACCCCUCCGCCUUCAGCCCAGCAGCCCGGACUGCCAUGAAGGAGGCGCUGGAGGUCCGCUAUGCCCUUCUGCCGUUCCUCUAUUCCCUCUUCCAUCGGGCUCACUUGCAGGGGUACACCGUGGCCCGGCCUUUGUUUUUCGAGUUCCCCGAGGACGUGGCCACUUACUCCAUAGAGAAGCAGUUUCUCUGGGGACGGGGCCUCCUGGUGACACCGGUGCUGGAAGCCGGCGCGGAUUCUGUGAUCGGCUACUUCCCCAGAGGCGUGUGGUAUGACUACUACACGGGCACCCCGGUGAACAGCAGUGGGGAGAGCCUGAAAAUGGCCGCACCGCUGGACCACAUCAACCUGCACGUGCGUGAAGGCACCAUCCUGCCCACCCAGAAACCCGGAGGCAGUACCUGGACGAGCCGCAGGAACCCUCUGCGCCUGAUUGCUGCCUUGUCGCGGGACGUGAACGCCUGGGGAGACCUUUACUGGGACGAUGGCGACAGCCUGGACUCCUUUGCAAAGGGCAACUAUUCUUACCUCGUGUUCAACGUCACGCAGAAUAUCUUCACUUCUACUGUCCUUCAUUCGAACGUGGAAGCCACCUACAUCACCAUCAAUACACUGACGGUCUGUGGGGUUCAGGAUGAGCCAAAAACAGUUACUGUCAACGGCAAGGAAAGGCCAUUCACCUAUCUGACAAACCAGGUUCUCACCAUGAGCGACCUGCAGCUCCCCCUCAGCCAAGGAUUCUCUGUGCGAUGGAUGUGAGCGGGCAACCGUCCUCUCCUCCGGCGCCCGUGGCUGCAUCGCGGUGAGCAGAUCGGCCGCUGCCUGUGCGGAGCCUCCAGGGGGUCGCGGCAGCCUGGAAGGUCCCCGUGGCUGUCCCACCGCCUCCUCUUGGCCUCUGCUCGGGAACGGACUGGGGGCUCUCACCCCGCCACUCCCGUUUCCGACGCCUCUCCGCCCAGAAACUCGCCUCUCACCUCUGCGCCUUGCUCGGUGAGAGCCCCUCGCACGCCGCUCGCCGUCCCGUGCCCCUUCCUGCGUGUCGAUGGUGCGUCGCAGUUUCGCCAGAAGGGGCCUCUCAGCCGCGCUCCCUGCCUUCGCGUUCCCGAGCAUGCAAGAGAGUCAUUUUCUGUGGGGGUGCUGGAUGGCGACAAGCCUCUCGCUUCCCCUGCGGCGCCUCCACAGCGGCAGGAGGCGUGGGGGCCAGUGCAUGCGCCGCACCCCGAGACCCGCCCCGGGCGUUUCCAUUUCAAAGGAUCGGAGUUAGCGAGGUUGAGGAAAGACCAAGCCCCGGCGUGUGCCUUCCGGGAACACCCACUGGCACCCCGGGGCCUCGCGCACCGCGGGGGCUUCAUCUCAGCCAGGGGGCUUUUUGCUGGAGCGGGCCCUUCGGCUGGGACAGACGGGCAGUGCAGCACCUCUGACCAGGCAGGGGCGGUGGGUCAGGCACGAGUCCGGGAGAGCCAAGCUGCCUGCCGAGCAGAGGGGUCACUGUGGGCACAUUUCGGCCGCCUUCUGAGGAGGACGGAGGCCUGGCCACACGUGGUCCAAGGUUGCUCGCGCAGCGUAGGACUGUGGCCUCACGGCAGAAAUCCCUCCGUCUGCAACCUGGAGUUCUGCCCAGCUCCCUCAGGAGCGUCUGAAUGUCUCAAGAAACGAAGGCUCGUGCCACAUUCUGCCACUCCUUGAUAAAAACCGCAGGGGCAACUUGAGCUCCCGCCCCCCCUGCAAAAAAAUGCUGCUCUAGUUGUGAUGGAAGGUUUUUUUAUUUGUGACAGAGGAGGUUUGCUCAGACGGCACAUAACCAAAUAGGGCAGCUCGGCUCCCGGGCUCAGCUGCCGUGAACCGGGGUAGAGGGCGAGUCGCGUCUUUGGGUAGCCGAGGGGUCGUCCGUCCUUGCAGUCCUAGUGCCCCCCAGGGUGGGACCGUCCCGCUCCGCCGCUCUGCAUGAUCGGAGAAGUUUGUCUCAAGACCCUUUUCAUGGCAGGCCCCAGAGGCUGGGAGGGGACAAUCCUCGCUUCGCACCAGGCAGUGCAGGAUUUUGGAGAGACGCUCGCCCAGCGGCCCCCGUGCCGCUUCAGGGGCAUCCGGAUGCGUUGCCAGGGCCCUCGGCCCGGCCCUGAGCUCACCCGCACUGUGAAUGUCUGCAGGGCACUGCACUGCACGGGGAAGUCGCCCUCGGUGGCACUAGCCGUACCCGGAGCCUGCCGCUGCCUCCUCCCUGCAGCCCCGCGAUCCACAAGGCAAGCAUUCCGUGCUCGCCUUCCCGGCCUCCGAGACGUCUGCUAAGCUGGGGUGCGGGUUGGGAAACCACGCUUCAUUCGUCCUGUUGGAAUGUGCAUUUGGGUUUCCAAGGACCUUGUGGCGCUCCCGAGGGGGCCGGGCUCCCUCGGCCGGGCGUGCACCCCAAGCACAGGAGCCGGGCCGUGCGUGCCGCAGUGCACCCCAGCGGCGGGGGCGGCCUCGAAGCGCCCGUGGGCCGUGGCUGCCGUGCCCCCCGCGGCAGGGCGCCUCCUGCCAGCCUGCCCAGGCCCUCAGCGCCCUGCUGUUACUGUCGUUCGCCCGUGGCUUGCCAUCGCUGAGGGACACGCCGCCUGUGGCCAAAACCUGCUGCCAUACAUUUGCCAGACGUGCUUGUGCUUCGGGAAAAGGGGGUCAGGGGAAUUGGAUUUGUGCCUCUUUGGAAUUUUUAAAAUAAUUGUAUCUGCUUGAUCCCCCUGCCCCCCAGUUUCUGUGCCAAACUAAAAUAAAGUACAAAAGUUGAAGCU